GCAGAUGAAGACAACGAUGAGAUCCAAGAGGGUGAGAUGAUGGGCAUCGUUCGACUGGACGAUGGACGCCGCAUUCAAGUGCCAAUGAGGUACUUGGAAGCGAGAGAAGGGGAUGACUCACCUGGCUAUGAGGAUGUGGAGAUGGACGCAAAGCAAGCCAAUGAGAAUGGCGGCAAUGAUGGCAACGCAGGACAAGAAGAAGUACCAGAUCAACCGAUGAACCUGGUGGAAGGAAGCCAGGACAGAGUUGAGAGGCUCGAUAGUGCAGCAAGCUCAGAGAGCGAUCCGGAGUUCAGG